AUGCAAGUCUCUAUUGUUCCUGGAAAUUUAUGGACGCCAAAAAUCGAAGGGUAUCUAGUAGAACAACAGCGCCAGAGGCUUCUUCUCGGCCGCGUAACGUUCUUUAAACUCUGUCCUCGUCAGGAACCGUGCAAGCGGCAUCAUUGUAUCCUUCAUGUCCAUAACACCGCGUUUCUUCUGGUCGACAUGCGAAGCAUCUACCACAAGACGCUGAAGAUUGUCCAGCGAUAA